GCAAAUACUCAAGGAACAAAUCCUAAUCAGGUGAGAUCUUUUGUGGCUGUGCAGCAGCAUCUCUGACCCUUUUUGACAUAAAGUACAUGCAGAAGGAGCUUCAUGAAGGACUAAAAUGUGCAGCUGCUCCACAAAAAGGCAGAUCAGCAGCGUGGCUGGAACCCAAGAUUGGGGAGCCUUCUCUGUGGUUCGCAGAUGUGUAAAGAAGAGCUCAACCCAAGAAUAUGCUGCAAAAAUCAUCAACACCAAAAAGCUGUCAGCCAGAGAUCACCAGAAACUGGAGCGAGAGGCCCGAAUCUGCCGACUCUUAAAACAUCCAAACAUUGUGCGGCUCCAUGACAGUAUUUCAGAAGAAGGUUUCCACUACCUCGUCUUCGAUCUGGUAACUGGUGGGGAGCUAUUUGAAGAUAUUGUAGCCAGAGAAUACUACAGCGAAGCAGAUGCUAGCCACUGUAUUCACCAGAUACUGGAGAGUGUGAAUCACAUUCAUCAACAUGAUAUUGUGCACAGGGACUUGAAGCCUGAGAACUUGUUACUGGCAAGUAAAUGUAAGGGUGCUGCUGUCAAAUUGGCUGACUUCGGACUGGCUAUAGAAGUGCAGGGAGAACAGCAGGCCUGGUUUGGGUUUGCCGGCACUCCAGGCUACCUCUCCCCUGAGGUUUUAAGAAAAGAUCCUUAUGGGAAACCAGUGGAUAUAUGGGCAUGCGGAGUGAUUCUGUACAUAUUACUAGUGGGGUACCCUCCCUUUUGGGAUGAAGAUCAGCACAAACUCUAUCAGCAGAUCAAGGCCGGAGCCUAUGACUUCCCAUCACCUGAGUGGGACACAGUAACUCCUGAAGCAAAGAACUUGAUCAAUCAAAUGCUGACAAUAAACCCAGCAAAACGCAUCACAGCAGACCAGGCUCUCAAACACCCAUGGGUCUGCCAACGAUCCACUGUGGCCUCAAUGAUGCACAGACAAGAGACUGUGGAGUGCUUGAGAAAGUUCAAUGCCAGAAGAAAGCUGAAGGGUGCGAUUCUCACAACAAUGCUGGUGUCACGGAAUUUUUCAGUUGGCAGGCAGAGCUCCGCACCUGCUUCAGCCACCAAGAGCGCUGCCGGCCUGGCUGAGCAAGCUGCCAAAAGUCUAUUGAACAAGAAGUCAGAUGGAGUAAAGAAAAGGAAGUCGAGCUCCAGUGUGCAUUUGAUGCCACAGAGCAACAACAAAACCAGUCUAGUAAGCCCAGCAAAAGAAACUCCCCCAGUGCAGACGUCCAUGGAGCCUCAAACAACUGUUGUCCACAAUGCUACAGAUGGCAUAAAGGGGUCCACAGAGAGCUGUAAUACCACCACUGAAGAUGAGGAUCUGAAAGCUCCCCCUCUCUCCACCGGGGACGGCAGCUCAGUGCUUGAAGGACGGAGGCACAGUGAGAGCAAAACACAGACUGAGACCAUGCAGUCCCAGCUUUCUCUCUGUUUCUCAGCCACCACACAGUCUUGUGAAGAGAAGCUUCUUGCCUGGGACAGCCCAGGGCAGACAUUGGAGUUAGAGCGUGCUCAGUCGGAGCCCUUGCUAACUCCAGUAGUUCCAUUUGUACUUAACAGUCCACCGUUGCGUAAACAAGAGAUCAUUAAGAUAACAGAGCAGCUAAUAGAAGCCAUCAACAAUGGAGACUUUGAGGCCUAUACGAAAAUAUGUGACCCUGGCUUGACCUCAUUUGAACCUGAAGCCCUGGGAAACCUAGUUGAGGGGAUGGACUUCCACAAGUUUUACUUUGAGAACUUAUUGUCAAAGAACAGCAAGCCAAUCCACACGACCAUCCUGAACCCUCAUGUCCAUGUCAUUGGUGAAGAUGCAGCUUGCAUUGCCUAUAUCCGCCUGACACAAUACAUCGACGGUCAGGGCCGGCCCCGCACCACGCAGUCUGAAGAGACUCGUGUCUGGCACCGUCGUGAUGGCAAGUGGCUGAACGUCCACUAUCACUGCUCUGGGGCCCCUGCAGCACCGCUCCAGUGAGGAUCAAACACAGCAGCUUUUGGAGAUGCUCAGCGGGAGGGCAAUAUCUUCUUAGCAAGCGGCUCUGGAGUGCCUGAGUAACAGCAACGGUCGUGUCCGUUUUGACGUUUAAAAAAAAAAGUAACAAAUUACAAACAGGCAGCAGCCAAAUGCACGAAACCCUGCAUGCAUCUGAUGCUCCGGGCGCUGCCGUCUUUCUGUUGUUUUCCAUGGAUCCAUCGUGUCUGUUUCUGCUGUACGAAGGUGUUUUUUAAAUCUAAAAGAGACAUGUUGUUUGUAUAAAAUAACACAAAACAGGAAUAAUGCUAAAUAAAUGACAGAUUAUUUGAUGCCCCCUCCCCCAGGGCUGAUGACGUGGCAGCAGCUGGAGCAUCUUUCAGAAACCAAGAGAGGGGAGAAGCAAAAGCAAUGGAGAGUGGUGGGGGGAUAGAAAGAGAGAGAGAGAGAGGGAGGAAGGAGAAGGCACCUUGGGCAGCAGAUUUCUGAACUCUGCUCUGCAAAGCCAAGGUGGAAGCUGACAUGGUGUUUAGGCUGUGCUGUAACUUUAAUCAGUGAGAAGUGGUGAGGAGGUCCCGGAGGAGCUGGUGUGAAAAACAGGGAGACAAAGUGGAGGAAAGAGACAUCUCCUUCCUGCUGCCCAGUGGACUGACUUCAGCCUGAGUUUCUUCGUAAAUCUUCCGCACGGUGAGAAUGCUGCAGAAAGCUGGUUGCUCAGCCGCUGGAUCCCACAAAAAGACUCUUUAAAAACAAAAUGGGAUGUUUAUUCCCAGCUAAGGAUGGAAGUAGGGAAAAUAACAAUGGUUUAAAUUAAAAUAAAUAAGUAAAAUACGAGCUUGCUCUUCAGAUGAUACUGGUUUUAGAGAGACAGCCGCUACCUGGCCGAACAUGGAGAUUUGAAGCCAGUUUAUUUAAAAAAAACAAUGAUGAUGAAAAGUAUUAAGAGCAAAGAUUUUAAAGGAAGAGGGUACAUGUAUGGGAUUUUCUUUAAUUUUUUUUUUCUUUCUAGUAACAUAGCUGGGAUCCACAGUGCUACAGAAUAUAUAUGUUCCUUAAGAAGCAGAUGAGAAACCUAGUGUUAUGUUCUUUCAUGAAGACUUGCAUACACUCCUAUAUGAUGCAUAAUUUAGUGUGUGUUUUUUAUACUGAAAUAUAUGCACCCAUAGAAUUAGGGGGCUCACUGCCUUCCAGUUUGAGUUGUUUGUUCUCCAAAUAAAGUAGCAGAGGGAGCCAGCAGCUGUUGCUUCUCCCCCACCAAUAACUCCUCUAAUGUUUGUAGGCAUCCUGUUUCUUGGUGUUCAUUUGGAUAUUUUUCCUAUUUUUAUGGUGAUGUUGUAACUUGGAAAACUUUCAGAUCAGAACCGCAGUGUACCACAGCCAGGCUCCAGGCCACCUCCUGGCAUUUUCUCUCUCUAUUAUAGAGGAUAACUCAUGAAAUCGAGGGAAAAGUGAGUUGCCGAAUGUGAUCUGAUUGUCCUUUGGGCCAAUUCAUCUUUCUGUUCCCUGUCUUUGUGGGGCGGGAAUCCGUUUCCUUUAUUUGGUAGGUGGGAAAUGUUGAACCUUUUCUUUUUCUGUUUUUCUUGACUUAUGAAUAAACCCUGACCCCAAGGAUGAAAAGGGCUUCUAGUAAACCUUUUUAGUGCUUGGACACACCAUGACUUGUGUCCUGACCAAGAGAGAGGCAGUUGCUUUGCUUCUUUUGGUAAAUUGGAGGGAAUACAGGUACAGACUUAUUCACAACUCCAAAUCACAAACUGUGGUCACAGGGCUUUCCAGUAGGUAAUCCCUGCAUUCCAGAGAGACUGAAAACAUAGUAUAUUAAAAGGGACGAAACAUUUUAACAGAUCUGGAGAAAAGGGAAAGCUUAGUUAUAAAGUGACCAUUGUUGAGCAGAACAGAGGGGAAGAAAACAGAAGCUGUAGCACAGAAUGGAGUUAAAUCCUUGCAGUAGAAAUUUCUCCACUCUCAUUUAGGAGACAAUUAAGUCAAUCUCACUCCAUUAUUAGAGCAGCUGAUCCAUGAUGCUUCCCAAAGCUUGUCUGAACAAAUAGUUUUCUUCCUCCCUCCAGCACCCUAAGUGCAUGUAUAGGCAAAGUGAGGACUGAAACAAGAGGAGGCAAACACUAGAUUUUAUUAUUUUUGGAACAUUUGUAAGAUGGCACUAAGAUAGUGAGUGAGGUGGAAAGAAAAAGCUUUGAUAUUUUAUUCAGAUUUUUUUAAGCGACAAAGAGAGAGCAAACAGGAGACUACAAUUAUGCAGUUUUAAAAAGCAACAUACAAGAAGUUAUGCAUGCCUUCUUUAGGUCUGAUCUUUCCUUGUCUCUUUACCUGAUGAUUAUUAAUGAUUAAAAACCCUCUGUAUUUAGUAUCUGCAUCUUUCAAAGAAAAUGUUAAAUUGUUGGGUUUUUUUGGUUUUGCACAGUCUUGAAGACUAACUGUUUUUUCUUUUAAGUUAAUGAGAACCUUAGCUUGGUAUGGCCAUUAUCAGACACAGCUGUACACCUUUAGCAUUCUUAAUGUUCUCUUAUGGGGCUAAUAUAAGCAUCUAUAUAAUAUAUAUUAUAAAUAUCAUGUUUUAAACAGGAAAUGGAAGGUGUUUGAUGCAGAAUUUUUGCAUGAUAUAGAAAUUAAAACAAAGUUAGCUAGUGUUUGUUUGUUUGGUCUGAAUGUUGGUAGAACCUUCAUAGCUUUGUUACAAUGAAACCUUGAACUGACGAUAUUUAAUAAAAUAACAUUUAAACAGUGCAACAAGUUGAAUGGCAUUUCUC